AUGGUCGUCCAGAGACAGGCUCCCUACUAUCCACUGCACCCCAGUGUCAUAGAUCGCCUGCAUCCGGACUAUGUGGCCUUCUACAACAAGUACCUCUUGAACCAGCACCCUGCACACUGCCUGCCGCUGUCUGUCUCGAGGGCAAAGGGAAACAACACUCCCUGCAAUGGUGACCCUCUGCCCGUUGGCGAGAUCCUCGAUACGAAGAUACCUCGACAAGAAACCAACGGGCCCGACAUAGCAAUCCGAUGCUUCAUCCCUCAAGGACGCCCGCCAAAUUCUGGAUGGCCAGUAGUCUUGUAUUAUCACGGCGGAGGCUGGGUCUUUGGCAACCUUGACUCUGAGAACAAUAUCUGUACCCACAUCUGCAACAGAGCGAGGGCGGUUGUGAUCACGACGGACUACAGGCUCGCCCCUGAAGCACCGUGGCCGGCCGCGAUCCACGAUUCGUGGGAAGCAUUCCUUUGGGCUACCUCAUAUGGCAAGAGCAUACUGGACCUUGAUCCUGGCAAGAUAGCUAUAGGGGGAAGCUCUGCAGGAUCAAACAUUGCUGCAGUUGUCGUCCAAAAUGCUUCGAUUGAACGAGGCGUAACCCUCCGACACCAGUUCUUGAUCGUUCCAAUCACGGACAAUACUGCGACACCGUGCUCCAACCCAACCUGGAAGACAUUCGAAUACACAGCGGCUCUUCCCGCGAAGAAGAUGUUGUGGUAUCGUAACCAUUACUUACCAGAUCCUGAAACAUGGUCGCGCAGGGAGGCGUCGCCGCUUCUGGCAGCAGACGCUAUCUUCCAAAGACUUCCACCGGCGAAUAUCAUUGUCGGCGAGGUCGAUAUUCUUCGUCAUGAAGGCGAGGAGUAUGCGAAGAAGCUGCGUCAGAAUGGGGUGCCCGUGGAAUUGACCCUCAUGCAAGGGAUGCCGCAUCCUUUCCUCGCCAUGGACGCCGUCCUUGAAGCAGGCAAACAGGCCAUAACUCUUACCUGCGAUGGCUUGAUCCGAGCCUUUGGCGAGUGA